AUGAGGGACGAUCACAAAGCCAGUGAUUGCCAGAUCGAGUACACUUCCACGUUCAGAAUCAAAUUAGUCCGUCAUGAUGGUAGACUGCUGAUCAUUCGUCGCAUAUCUGCUAAGCCCUUUGGCAGGACGCCAGACAAAUAUGCCAGUCCUCCGGAUGGGAAAGAGCCACUGGUUAUUCUAUGCCUAGGUUGGUGUUUAAGUCCCAUCGACAAGUUCCUGCGCCAUUGUUGCGAAUUCAAAGACAAACAGCGCAAAAGCUUUGUCACUGUCCAUAUACGACAAAAUUGUGAUCUAGGCGGUCGCGCAGAUUGGGACACAACUCUUUCAAAGGCUAAAAGGUCACUCAAUACGGUUUAUUUGAAAGACGAUACAAAAAAGCAGCUAGUUAGUGACAUUGAAGAUUACUUGCGCGCCAGCACCAGAAAGUACUACCACGACCGUGGGAUACCCUACCGACGAGGAUACCUCCUACAUGGACCUCCAGGGACCGGCAAAACUUCUCUCAGCUUAGCGUUGGCGGGUGAAUUUAAUCUCGACGUUUAUAUGCUGCAUAUCCCAAACGUCCGCCAUAAUAACGAAUUAACAACGCUCUUUACAAAAUUGCCGCCAAGCUGUAUCGUUUUGCUGGAAGAUGUUGAUGCUCGGCGACAUGCCUCCCAUUCAGACUCGGAAAAUGAGAGCGGUAGCGAAGGUGGAAUUCCAGGCGCGUUUGGCAGGCGGUCCGCCUGUUCGCUUUCUGGGCUGUUGAACUCGCUGGAUGGCGUGGCAAGCCCAGAAGGCCGCAUUAUUAUUAUGACUACCAACAAUAUUGAGAAGCUAGAUGAAGCGUUAAUUCGGGAUGGAAGGGUUGAUAAGAAACAAACCUGUCAAUUAGUGGACGAUAAAUCCACUCACAUCGACCUUGAGAACCUAGCGCGAGAUUUCGCCAGUCUAAUAACGACGAAAAGUCUUUCAGCUGCCAAAGUGCAAGGGUACUUGUUGUGUCACAAGGACAAUCCGCAGGCAGCGGUGGCGAACCUCCCCCACUUCAUGGACAACCAACCAGCCACGGGCAGUAAACCCAGCUGCCUAUCCCACGUUGCCCAAGAAAAGGAAAAUGGUAUUUUUGGCAAUUUGCUUGAAUGGCUGCCUCGCCACGGCCAGAAUUAG